AUGCCGUCUAAUCGGCUCCACCCUAAUGCUGUGCCAAAUAGCAUCUCGAUCCUUGUCCAGCCUGAUUCAGUCGGCGGCCAAGACUACAUGCGCUUACCGACCUCAGAGAAGGGGUUCGCAACGAAUCCGCCGGUCUACGUCAAGGAAGCACCUCAAAUAUCAGGUUUCAUGACAGAGGUUCCUACCUACAACAUCCUCCUCCUUGGCCAGACGCAAGCAGGCAAGAGCACCUUCCUUCAGGCCGUUAGGAGCUAUGCCAAUCCGAACUGCGAGCUCGACUCUGAGUCCAUUGGGAACGGUAACAGCUCUCAUACGACGGAAGUUCAAAUCCAAACAGUCGAGACCAACUUUUCCGAGUAUCGACUCUUCGAUAUGUCUACCCCCCAUCGAUCCAACCCCAUGCAGUUCAUGCAAGACGAUCCUGCGGAGCGGGAAGUCACCUCGGCGGAUUUUCAAGACUGUGCAACUGUCAUGCAAUACAAGAGGAAACUCGAUUGUGUCGAUGGCUACGAACUCCGUUGGGACCAGUCUUCUCAGAUUCCAUUAAGCAAGAUCCGCAUCUUUGACACUCCUGGAUUGAACGACACCAAUGGCCAUGAUGAAAGGAAUGUCUCCAAGAUUCUUUCCGCGCUUUCCAGCGCUGGGUCUAUCCACCUUGUGCUCAUCUUGAUCGCGCGUCAAACGCCCUUGACUCUUGAGCUUCAAGCUACAUUGAGGAACUACUCCAACAUCUUUUCAGCUAUGGGCGCUCUGAUUUCGUUCGUCCAUACGAAGGUGGAUUUCAGAAGCCAGUACCAAAGUGAUAGGACUUUUACGGCAUUUAUUCAAGAGAGAAAGACAUGUUUGAACAGGAUUAUGGGACGCAGUGUCCCGCACCAUUUCAUCGAUUGUGAUCUAGAGGAAUACCGACCUGCGUAUCUAUACUUCAGACAACAAGCCAUCCGCCGUCUCCUUCUCUCGGCAAGGAUGAACAGGCCCGUCUCUUUGGGGAAUAUGCAGCUCUACAAGACGCAAAGGAUGAUCGACGUCGAUGCACUCAUCGCUAUGGAUUACAAGAAGAAGCUCGCGGAAGUCAAGAACAAGAUGUCUUUUGUCAGCAGUGCCAUCGGCAAAAUCGACUACAGGAUAGACGAGACCCGAUACGAUAUCCGAGAGCUGGAGGAAUUUCUCCGCAACAAUGAUACCGAGGAUCUCGAGUUAAUCCACGUGGCGUCUUUUACACAACAUUGGGAGUGGUUUGAGCUUUUUGGCUCUCGACAAGAAGCAGAUCUGAGGGCACCGGAUUUUGAUUACGCCAUUGACGAAGUCCGUGUGGAAAUGUCCGGCAUCGAGAUCAAGGAGACCAGAGGCGGCAAAGGUUGUAAGAGUUGGAGCGUUAGGUUGCUCAGACACCUGUAUAAUCACGGCACCUAUCACGCAAGGUUAUAUGCCAAGCGGAGCAAGGCACGCGCCGAGGCGAUCGGUGACCACAAGGCCAAGCUCACUCGUACUACUAAAACUUUGAAGGACCUGAUUCAUGAGCGCGACAGUUUGGAUAAGGCGGAUUCAGGUGAAGAUGGGACGCCUGGGAUGAGACAGCAAUUGGCGACUGAGCACAACCAAUGCCUGGACAUGACGGCCCGUGCCUCUCGCACUACGCUUCACUUGAAUCUGUUCAAGGCCAUUGCGGAAGCUGGGGUGUAUGAGGGCCGGCCUGUAGAUUGCGUGCAAAUGGCUGUCGAUUUUUAUUCAACUUACAAACCCGCUGAAGGCGAGGAGGCCGCCUUGAGGCCGGGUCGGUCGCAUUAA